AUGGCCCACCAAGCACAUGCAUAUCAUAUGGUUGAUCCAAGCCCAUGACCACUAACCGGAGCCGUCGGUGCUCUAUUAAUAACAUCCGGCCUAGCAAUCUGGUUCCACUUCCACUCAACAACACUAAUAACCCUCGGGAUAAUCCUUCUACUCCUCACAAUAUUCCAAUGAUGACGUGACAUUAUUCGAGAAGGAACAUUCCAAGGCCACCACACACCGCCAGUACAAAAAGGACUACGUUAUGGAAUAAUCCUAUUUAUUACUUCAGAGGUAUUCUUUUUCCUGGGAUUCUUCUGAGCCUUCUACCACUCAAGUCUAGCACCAACACCAGAGCUGGGAGGAUGCUGACCCCCAACAGGAAUUAUUACAUUAGACCCCUUCGAAGUUCCCCUCCUCAACACAGCUGUGCUACUAGCAUCGGGGGUAACGGUCACAUGAGCCCAUCAUAGCAUCAUAGAAGGUGAACGAAAACAAGCCAUCCAAUCUCUUGCACUUACAAUUCUACUAGGACUCUACUUCACUGCCCUCCAAGCCAUGGAGUACUACGAAGCACCCUUCACAAUCGCAGACGGAGUAUACGGCUCUACAUUCUUUGUGGCCACAGGAUUCCACGGACUACAUGUCAUUAUCGGAUCAUCAUUCCUGGCUGUCUGUCUUCUUCGCCAAGUCCAAUACCACUUUACAUCCGAACAUCAUUUCGGCUUCGAAGCCGCUGCUUGAUAUUGACACUUUGUUGACGUAGUAUGACUAUUCCUCUACGUAUCCAUCUACUGAUGAGGCUCAUA